AUGGUCUUAACACUUUUUAGUGUGCUGAUCGUGGACAAGCCCUGACAAGAACGUACAGUCAAAGCUAAUGUUAUGCAUGGCAGGUCAGCUACCAAAAGGUUCUCUUUGCAAUGGUAAUAUAAAGGUUACUGUCGGAUUGCCCCCAGAUGCAGUAGUUAACAUGGAUGUUGUAUCAAGCAAGGUUUUAUUUUCUAAAGGUCAAAGGUUGGUGCUUGAAUAUGAACAAGCAGCUACAUGGAGUGUGUCCUCUUCUGGUCAGGGGACCCUGUCAUUUCAUGUGAAGUUCAAACUAAUUAAAAACCGGGUCCUGCCAAGAUUUGAAGGCUGCUGGAAAGUGGCAAUAGAUCCUCUUUUUGUGGAUGAAGAAACCUGCUUCCCUACUGAACCUAAAACGUUUGCGGACUAUUAUUCAUGUACAAACAGUAAAGGAAAGAUUGGAUCAGUGGUUCAAAUCACCCGUCCCCCUCGCAUUUCUAGCUGGAAGCUGUGGAGAAGUAGCUCCAACACCAUGGAGAUGGAGAUGCUGAUAACUAAUCUGCUUGCUGAAGCUGCCAGAAUCAGGAGGGAUUUCAAUAUUGUCCAUUCUAAUGAAGACCUUGGAAUAUCUGUGGGUAUAAAUGAAGAACAGCAAGUUGAUCAGAUAUAUAUGAUAUUAUAGAAAGAUGGAGAAUGCGUAGGAGAAAUGCAAAAGCAACAUUGUAGGAAGCUGUUGGCUGCUGAAACAUCAUACAGUAAUUAGUUCAAUAAUAAUCUUUAACCCGCUGCAUUUGUGUUUAAUAUCAAAAUAACCCAGAAAGAAAAUAACGAGUGUUUUCAUUU